AUGGCAUGGCAAUGUUCGGGUAAAUCCAACUAUCAAUUGAUCGAAAACCUCUUCACCUGUAACCUUAUUAAGAGUGAAAGAGUUAGAAAUGCAAUGCUGAAGGUUGACCGUGCUCAUUAUUCUCCAUCGAACCCCUACAAUGAUUCUCCUCAGUCAAUUGGGUUUGCGGCAACUAUUUCUGCCCCGCAUAUGCACGCGCAUGCCUGUGAAUAUCUGCUGCCAUUUCUUCAUCCGGGUGCUCGGGUUCUUGACAUUGGCUGUGGCUCAGGAUACCUUAGCCAUGUUUUUGCCGAGUUGAUCACCGAUGCACCUGCUUCGGACGGCUGUGUUAUUGGCAUCGACCACAUCCAAGGAUUGGUUGAUAUGUCUCUUAGGAACCUUGCCAAGUCAGACGAAGGCCGCAAGCUGGUCGAAUCUGGAAAGAUUAAGAUCGUUAAGGGCGAUGGACGCAAAGGUUGGGCCGAAGUGGACCAUACGAUGCCAUUCAUGUUGGCGCCGCUGCAGCAAUGA